CCGUGUGUCUCUGUGUCCCUGCAGGUGUGAAUGAGUGACGUGGUGCCUCCCACAGCUCUCAGUGAAGUCCAGCUCCGCUUCCUCUGCCACGAUGACAUAGAGAAGGUCAAGCUGCUCUGUGGUGAUUGGUUCCCAAUCGAGUACCCGGACUCAUGGUAUCAGGACAUCACCUCCAACAAGAAGUUCUUCUCCCUCGCUGCCACCUUCAGAGGAGGCAUCGUGGGAAUGAUUGUGGCCGAAAUCAAAGGCCGGACCAAAGUACACAAAGAGGAUGGAGACAUCCUGGCCUCCAGUUUCCCCGUGGACACACAGGUAGCCUACAUCCUGAGCCUGGGAGUGGUCAAAGAGUUCAGGAAACAUGGCAUAGGCUCCCUGCUGCUGGACAGUUUGAAGGAGCACAUCUCAACGACAGCCCAGGACCACUGUAAGGCCAUCUACCUGCACGUCCUCACCACCAACAACACUGCCAUCCACUUCUACCAGAACCGAGACUUCAGGCAGCACCACUACCUGCCCUACUACUACUCCAUACGAGGCGUCCUCAAAGAUGGAUUCACAUACGUGCUCUACAUCAAUGGGGGUCAUCCGCCCUGGACAAUAUUUGACUACAUCCAGCACAUCGGCUCCACCCUGGCCAGCCUGAGCCCCUGCUCCAUCCCACAGAGGCUGUACCGACAGGCCCAGUCCCUGCUGCGCUCUCUGCUGCCCUGGUCCAACAUCGCCUCCAAGACCGGCAUCCAGUACAGCAGAACCAUGUGACGCAACACGGAGCGGUUUCUCAUCAGUCUUCCCCCGUACACGCCGAGAUGUACACGCACACUCACCUCCUCCACCUCGUACGGCUUUCCACACCCUG